AUGGCAUAUCCAUUUCAAUUUGGCCUCCAAGACGCAACAUCACCUAUCAUAGAAGAACUACUACACUUCCACGAUCACGCGCUUAUAAUCGCCUUCCUAAUUAGUUCUCUGGUACUCUAUAUUAUCUCACUUAUAUUAACGACCAAACUGACACACACAAGCACAAUAGAUGCACAAGAAGUAGAAACUAUUUGAACUAUCCUGCCUGCCAUUAUUUUGAUUAUAAUCGCUCUUCCAUCACUACGAAUCCUUUAUAUGAUAGACGAAAUCAACAACCCAUCACUAACAGUAAAAACAAUGGGUCAUCAAUGAUAUUGAAGUUAUGAAUAUACUGACUACGAGGACUUAACAUUCGAUUCAUAUAUAGUACCAACAACCGACCUGAAACCAGGGGAACUACGACUGCUAGAAGUUGAUAAUCGAGUGGUACUACCAAUAGAAAUAACCAUCCGAAUGUUGAUUUCAUCUGAAGACGUAUUACACUCAUGAGCCGUACCAUCUCUAGGGUUAAAAACAGACGCAAUCCCAGGACGACUAAACCAGACAACCCUAUUAUCAACUCGACCUGGCCUAUAUUACGGACAAUGUUCAGAAAUUUGUGGUUCAAACCAUAGCUUUAUGCCUAUCGUACUUGAAAUAGUCCCUUUAAAACACUUCGAAAAAUGGUCCUCAUCUAUACUAUAA